AAUCAUUCAAACCACUCUACUCAUGGAGCCUGAUCGAACGUCCAGCGAUCGCUACCUCUGGGGCAAAGCUGACGUUGCCGGGUUUCGUGCUCAUGUAGAGCGUGAGCUGGCCAACUCGGGCUUGCUGGACACGGCACUUAUGAGCAAACCCGAUAUCAAUGCUUACUUUUCAAAGUUCAACGACAUCAUUCGACUCGCCAUCCCUUUACAUGUUCCCCUCGCCAAGCCUCCCGUCAUCCGCCGCUCAGCCAAGCCGCCACCAUCAAGGGACAAGCAACAUCCAAAUUUUGAGCAACAGGCUUCGACUCGGCUGGGCACCGAUCUAGAUGCGGAGGACGACUUCGACUCUUUUUGCCGGCGCCUCGAACAGCAAACCAGGACGGAAAAGACGAAACAGUGGCGGACCAUGCUUUCUGGCGACGGCCACGACUCCCCAACUAUCCACAAGCGUGCCAAGAUAGGCGUCUUCUUGAGCAAACCUCGCGUCUCCGGUCAGAUACCCUUCCUCGUCGGCUCAGACAAGACCAAGUGCACAAGCCUCGAGGAGAAUGCCCAGUGCCUCCGGAAAUCAGUGUGGCCUAAUACCAGCCAAGGGCCCAGAGCACCCCCUCUUCAACUUCCCGACCUCGACCCUCUACAACCCCAGCUCUUUGCCGACCAGGUUGUCUCUGAUGACGAUGUCAAAGCUGUCUUGUCAGGCCUCACCCGCGGUAAGGCUGCCGGGCCAGAUGGAGUUUCGCCAGACGCCCUGAAGAUGCUCCACCACCCUUUUGACGAGCCUCCCGACGAGGCUGUCUACGGCGGAGGCGAUGAAGCUCUCCGAGACAGCGUGAACAGCAUCAUCCAUCCUUACAUCAAACGUGGAGCGCAGGCCUGUCUGUUACACUCGUACCACCCGGACGCUUUCAAACCCUCGAUUACGGUCAUCUUGCCCAAACUCAACAAAGACGACUAUACAAGCCCGAAAGCCUACCGCCCAGUGGCUCUGCUAUCCGUCGUCGGCAAGCUGAUUGAGAGGAUUGUUGCAAACCGUCUCAAGAAACUGGCCUUGGAGCACAGCGACUUGAUACCCUCGACGCAGUUCGGUCUACCCGGCAAGUCCACGACCAAGGCACUGGAGCACCUCGUCAAUUUGGUGCAGCAGUGUUGGUCCCCUAUCGGCCGUGCCAAGUUGAAGGCCACGUUGAUGACGAUCGACAUUACGGGCGCGUACGAUCACGUCAGACGAUUCGAACUGCUAAAGAUCCUUCGCCAGAAAGGCGUUCCCGAUUGGAUUGUGCGGUUUGUCUGGUCGUUCCUCAGCGACCGCAAGACUGUCCUCAAACUCCCCGGACACACCUCUGAAGAGUUUUGGGUCGAUAUUGGCAUUCUCCAGGGUAGCCCUCUGUCCCCCAUCCUCUUUCUCUUCUUUUCCAGCCCCAUUCUAGAGGCUCUUCAGGUCUCUUGUCCGUUUGCAAGUUUUGCGCUGGCCAUGUCUUACGUUGACGACACCAACAUUCUCGUCACGUCUCCUUCGGAAGCUCAAAACUGUCAAGCAUUGAAGUUCCUCUACGACAACUUGGUGGGCUGGGCAUCGCCCAACGGCAUCUUCUUCGGGCCUCACAAGACAUUCGUCAUGCAUUUCAGGAAACCCAGUAGUCGUGGGCCGCCAAGCACCGAGCUUCCCGAUAUUCCCGGCCUCUCCAAGAACUGUCUGCAGACAGAGCUUCUUUUGCUCGGUGUUGUUGUGGAUUCGAAACUCACAUGGGCAGCACACAUUGAACAAGUUAUUACCAAAGUCAGGAGGAGGAUGAUCCAUCUUCGCAGAAUAUCUGGAUCGACUUGGGGGCCAUCAUUGCACGAGAUGAAGAAGCUUUACGUCAGCUCGGUCCUUCCCAUCUUCUCAUACGCUUGCCCCGUUUGGUUCGUCGACGGCCGAGGCCAGAAGAUCCGAGGCCAGUUGACAAAGACGUUGGUCCAAUCUCUCGACGCGGAACAGGCGCGGUUUCUGCGAUUCAUUGCAGGUGGAUUCGAGGCCUCUGCCUCGGAAGUUGUCCACAAGGAGCUGCACAUGAUUCAGCUUUCGGUCUAUCUUGAACAACUUGCGCUCAGGCACCGGAUCAACAACCUCUAUUCCCCAGAGCAUCGGGACCUCAAGGCAAUGUGGGACAAUGUCUUCACAGACAUUGCAACGGAGCAGGAGUUGGGCGCUCAUCCCUACAAAGCCCUCUACGGCCAGGCGGAAUCCUCGUGGCUCGAGAUGCGCGAGAGGGUUCUGGAUAAGCAGCUUUGCCGAGCGAACUGGAACCCCGAGCAAGCCGUGCAGUCAGAAGCCGAGGGCUGGGCCGAUCCCAAGCGCCGCAAGGCCAUCAUCAAGGCCUACCUGAAGGACAUCUCUGUGGAGAGGAGCAGUCUAGCGUGGGAUCGAUACAGAAACGACCGAAGCGGCAAGGUCCGCAACAUCAACCGCAGCACUCCGGCUCUCAAGGAAAACUGGGGCCCAGAGAGUCUCAAGUACUAUCAAGGGCUCACGCGUGCUCAGAGUAGCAUGUUGUUCCAAUGCCGCAGUGGGGUGAUAGGGUUGAACGGCUAUCUCUUUUCGCUUAAGGCGAACUUGGUUGAGACACACCGGUGUCGCUGUGGUCAUCCGAUGCAGACGGCCGAACAUCUCUUUGCCCACUGCAAACAGCUCGCCUUCGAACGCAGUCGCUUGCGCAAGCAUGUCGGCGUAAUCAACUUCGAUUUGCUGGUCACAACCGAAGCCAACAUGGCCACCGCGUGGGCGAUUCGCCAUUUCGACAUCGCUCAAUUCAGGUGGACGGGCAAACACAUGCCGCUUCCCCGUUGA